GUUAAGCUGGCUGGGGAGGGCGGCAGAGACCUGCGCCUUUCGGGGCCAUGGGCUGCUGUCAGGACAAGGACCGUCGGGCCUCGGAUGAGCAAGCAAGGGAGGAAGUAACCGAGGAAGGCAGGGAAGGCAACGAAGCCGACAACCCAGGCCGCCGUAAACAAAGAUCUAACGAAAGUCUUCUGAUCACCGUGCUGUGGCGCAGGCUAUCCAUGUUCAGCCGUCGAGGGUCCUCGCGGUCAGGCAAGCAAGACAAUCAGAUGCAGGAACGCAAACGUGAGGGAAGCCAUAAGGAACCAGAAAAAGGCUGACUACAACCCUGGUCUCAGUCCUUCCAAACAUCCAGAGAAUAAAGUUAAUAUUGCAAAUCUGCUGAAAACACUUAUGCCUAGGCUUACGGCUUUAUAGGCUCCGCGGCCGCAGGCUCUUUAAGGCUGCUCUAACCCAGCCCCUCGAGAUCGGUCUACUCUUUAGGGGCGGGGCCGU